AUGGACGAUUCAGACACUUCCACCUCUAUCAACUCUCUGGCAUCAGAUUUGUCGCCUGGUAAAGACAACAGAAAAUGGAAGAUGGCCCCACAUAAGACCGUGGACGAGGUGAUCGAUUUUUUCCAAAAACCAGUGCAACCAUUUUCCCACGAAGAGAAAAACGACACGCAGCCGGAGCCGGAGCCCUCCAUUUCCCUCAACUUUAUCCAGCUGUUCAACGACGUGCUCCUACUUGUCACCAGGCUGAUCGACGUGCUCAUUCCACAGAACAGCACGUACCGGAGUCUGAUCUUUCUGUAA